CUUCAAUCUUCCCCAGAAUCUCCUCCGCUCUUCCAAUUCUCUUGUAUAUUCCCCUUAACUCCUUUUAAUCCCCUCUUAAAACCCCACACACACAUUCAAAAUGGGCAAGGACGCUAGCUUCGCUCCCGGUAAGCCGACCCUGAUCAUUCCCUGUUGUUUUUCUUUGCUCCUUGUGCCCCCGGGGCGCCCGUCUGCCAUUCACUGGGUCUCUCAAACAAAGCAUUCACUCAAUGCUGUGAGAGAUUUCACUGCAUGAUGGCUGCCGCUGGCGGAAUCCUACCAUGGCUGCUUAGUCGCUCGCUGUUGUCCCCUGGCGACACUGGUGACUUUGCGCUUUCACUUUCACUCUGGCUUUCGCUCUGCCUCUCUCGCUCUCUCGCUUUCUCAAUCCACCCUUCCUUGAGAGACCAUCUCCCACACAUCUCCCAGUUCCAGCGUCACAAGCAUCACACUCGUUAUCAUGACUAGCUGGGACACCUUCUGUUUCCUCACCACCAUCGACAUGCGCGAGGCCGAGCUGGAGGCGGCGGAAAAGGCCCAGCGUGAAGCCGUCGCGAAGGCCAAACAGACCGCUAACAUUCUGGCCACUCCAGGUGAUUCCGCCAAGGGUGCUAAGCUCUUCCAGACUCGUUGCGCUCAGUGCCACACCGUUGACGCCGCCGGUUCCCACAAGGUCGGCCCCAAGCUCCACGGUCUCUUCGGCCGUAAGACCGGUUCCGAGGAAGGCUACGCCUACACCGACGCCAACAAGCAGGCCGGUGUCACCUGGGACGAGAACACCCUGGUAUGUUCCGGUUCCUACAACCGCGCGAGGGAAGACAUCGGUGGCUAACGCGCAUUCGCAGUUCUCCUACCUCGAGAACCCCAAGAAGUUCAUCCCCGGUACCAAGAUGGCCUUCGGUGGUCUCAAGAAGCCCAAGGAGCGCAACGACCUCAUCACGUAAGUGGCACCCGUCGGCGGACCGUUUGAAGAAACACCGAGCUAACGCGUCUUCUCCCACAGCUACCUCAAGGAGAGCACCGCUUAAAUCACCUCCCCGACACGAACCUCCUAGAACCCGCCUGUAUGGAAGCCGGUCCGACUCCGAGUGCUGGAAACAGCCGUCGACUCGGCAACCCGACAGCCAGGGACUGUAACA